UUUAUACGCGCUUUUAUUUCGAAGCGCCGACUGCAGCAGAGUAGAGCAGCAUCAGUCCGCAGCAGUAGCAGCUGCAGCGCGCUUUCAACACCGAUUUGUCCAGAUCAGUUAUUCAAUAACUGUGGGAAAGUGUUCUUCUUUGCCACGAUGCCCUCAUUCAAUGUGGUGGAGUUUAUGGAUGAAAUUGACCCUGAUGGCUGCAAGAAGGUGGACAUCAUUCCAACAACAUGGUUCGAGGGCACUGACGGAAAAUUAUGCUGGUGGCCACCAGCCACAUUGCUCAAUGUGACCAAGGCUGUGAAAGAGGGCACACCACCAGCUCAAAACUGGAUUCUGUGUAAUGUGCGUGUGAUGGGAAAUGCAGCUACUUAUGCGGAGGCCAGGGUAAAGCUACAUCAAGCUGAGUAUACAUCAGACCUGACAGACAUCGAAGAUGGCUUGAUAAAGAGAAAGACAAGGUCAAAACUCUUCCAGAGUCAGAGCAAGCAACUAGAAUCAAGAGAGCAUUCUGAUUCAGAGGACGAACUUCCACCCACUCCCCCAGAAAAACUCCUUUGGCCAGCAGCAAAUAAAAUGACCAGCCGGAUCACCAUCCCCACUGCCCAGCGAGUCGCCAGUUCCACUGUCCAGCAGAUCACCAGCCCCACUGCCCAGCGAGUCGCCAGUUCCACUGUCCAGCAGAUCGCCAGCCCCACUGUCCAGAGGUUUGCAAGCCCCAGUUGUGAAGCAAUGUUCUCUAAACUUCUUACAAUUGUAGAAGAAAUUAAGGAGACCCAGAAGGUUCGUGGUUCCUGA